GCUGAUCGAUGAGUCAGGGCGAGAGCAGCCGAGAAGGUCGCACUUGUUGCUGAGCAGGAGCCGCCGCCGUCAAGCCGACAUCCGAGCUCUGAUCCAUCUUCACUUUACAUCCUCAGAUCUGUCAGUAAAUCCUCCUCAGAUCUGCUCCUCAGCGCGAGCAGCCGCUUCAGUCCGGGAUCUCACCGCUGCUGCCUCUUUCACGGCUCUCAGGAAGUCUGGUUUGAUGUCUGCGUCAGUCCUGUAUCCAUGGCCGUGCGGACGUUACAGUCUGGUCUGUGGACUCCUCCUUCUGGCUUUCUCACCGCUCCUCGCUACAGGCAGACUGAACAACUGCACUCACCCUCUGGUGCCAGAACAUGGAGGUUUCCGCUGUGAUCCGUCCCCGUGUCGAGGUUUCCCCCAGAAGAGCUCCAUCCAUUUCUUCUGUGAGCCCGGAUACCACAUCAACAGCAAGAUCCGUGUCUCCAGGUGUCGCCACGGAAAGUGGCUGCCUCCAAUACCCGCCUGCAUCCCAAAUAAAGAGGGUCCUAAUGUGAACUCUGACACCGGAGUGAAUGACUCGAUGCCAAGCAUGGCCACAACAGCGGUGGGAGUGUCCAUCUUUCUGCUCACCACCACUGCCUGCCUGGUCGUCAAGUCGCGCCUCUACCCCUGUCAAUCACACAGCCGUCGCUCCUCAGACCAGCUGGACCUGAUGGUGGAUGGACUUCCUGUCUCUCUCCCCUCCUAUGAGGAGGCGGUGUACGGCAGCUGGGGGCAGCGUUUGCCCGCCUGCUCAGCACCUGGACCCACCCAGCUCCUACUUGCUCAGGAGGAGUCUCUCAACAACCAAUCGGACGGCAGUCACCGCCCCCUCUUGUCCAGCCAAAGCCCUGACAACCCCCCUCCCCCUUACGAGGAGGUCCAGUCAUCACGUGCCAGAGAUAGGAUAAGUGACGGGGACGUCCGGCAGCUACAAGUUGCACUUUCAGAUGACAAGGACACUUGAUUGUCAGAAUGAGGGGUUCAUAUGUGACACACGGGGUGCAGUUGUUAAGCAAUGAAGGCACAAUUUUGAUUGACAGCUGAUUGCUGCAGUGCAGUGUUUACUCUGCAGAUGAUAAAAGCCAAAUGAUGGCUGAAAAAAAAAAAAAAAAAACGCGGACUGACAGCAGACUCCUGCACUUUUUCUGGUUGGCUGCAGCUCACCAGCAUCGGGACACACUGUCCUAUCACACGCUAUUUUAGACAAAGCUGAUAAGCUCUGACUGGCCAGUUGUUGGGUCACAAAGACCUGAGAGGGCUGAAGUGCAGUAAAUUAAAUGUUGAUUGUAUAGUUUAUUGUAUGAAUGUAACUGCCCUGGUUUUAGUGUGAACAAUGCAUGUCAUUGUUUGUGAAAAUGAAAACCUUUAAAAAUCCUAAAACGUGGUUUUCACAGGACAGCAGUAACAUGAAAAUGUAAGUGUGUGUGUGUUUUCAGUGUUGCUCUGGAGACAUCGUCUAUCCUUCCCGUCAGUGACGGGGCCAAUCGAGGCUUCCUUCGUGAAGUCAGGGGCGUGCUGUUGCAAAAACCUGUGUUUCCACAGCAACUGACUCCAUUUCUAUCUUUUGUACAGCAUUUCUCUUUGAGUCUUAUUGGGCUGUGGCGCACAUAUUGUGGAUUUGAAGCCAGCAUUGUGUGCAGUCACUCCGGUAAUAAAUGGUGACUCAAAUUGGACCAUGUUUUGAUGUUAAUUUAAAAAAACAUGUUAAUUAGUGUACAGCAGAUAUUUAGACUUGAAAAUGCUUUGGAACCAAACAGUCUUUAAAAGUGUUUCUCUUGUGUUCAUUCCGUGGUGAGUGAAAUAAAAAUGAAUAAUACUAUGAUGAGUUUAAAUGUACAGUAAAAAGAAUCUUUCUGCUCGCUGACAUGAAAUAAUGUUUUUUAUAUAUAUAUAUAUAUAUAUAUAUAUAUAUAUAUAUAUAUAUAUAUAUAUAUAUAUAUAUAUUAGCACCGGUGGAAUCGUUGUAGACAUAAAGGUGGUUUUAUCAAAAUAAUCCUCUAAAUAACAGUUUUUAUUCCACAACCUGCAAAAAAAGCACACAGAUGUGGGACCAAACUGCCCAAAUAACCUGAAACUCCUCAGCGAUCAAUCGAUUUCCUCACUUCACCAGGCUGAUCCCUCUCUGCCACCCUUUGACUUCUGCAGAUCAACUGACUCCUUUACAGACCUUGAAUGUAUUUCAUGUUUCAUUUUGUGGCAACAAAUCUAACUAUUCUAUGGAUUGUAAUAUUUGCAUAAAGAUUAUUUGUAUAUUGUAUUAUUGCACAGAAUUAUAUGAAGAAUAAAUGUUGAAAUGUUUCCUUG